GGCUUCCCCACCGUUGUCCCUUAUCGCCAGAUUCGGGCAUCAUAUGACAACGAAACUAUAACUGUCUAUCAAGCAUAUUCAGAUGAAAUAGGCAAAGCAGCAGUGGAACAUCAAAAAUUAUCCGCGUCACCAGCUUUCCAUUAUCAUCGUAUGACUUGGAUCAAACCAAGUUGGUGCUGGAUGAUGUUCGUCACGGUACCGUUCGGGGUACUCCACUAAAGAUCCACGUCAAACAUGCAUCCUUGCUAUAAAAAUGCACCACAAAGAUUUCCACCAUCUCCUCUCCCUUGCAUGUGUUGCGCAUCACACAAAACUCUCUGAUGCAGACCGACAA